UCCAGCGAGGAAAACAAAAGUGACAUGCGGAAGAGCCCUGAACAGACCUUUGACUCCUUCAGGAUACGACAGGAAAAACUACUUUCUCUCUGUCAUGCGAACAUUCUGUAAAACACUGUCGGAACAUGACAUCAAACUUACCAGUCAGCCCCAAUUAUAGCCAGCUGGACGAAAACAUAUCUGAAAACAAAACUGCAAAAGGGCAGUACAUAUUCUUAUUGAUUCUGACUUUAAUAUUAAGCACGGAGACGUUCAUCACGGCUUUUCUUCUUUAUGAUUUCUCCGAGGAUAUUCAAAGAACUCGUGAAACAGGCAAAGAUGGAGGGUAUCCAAUCCACUGUCUCUCCACAGAUCUUACCCAACCGACAAAUCAAGCAGGUAUCGCAAGCUGUGACUUGUUCAAUCAAGAACUGAAACAAACCGCACAGCAGAGACUGUUGAUGGACAUACAGAAUUAUGUACUGGAAACAUUAGGAGAACAUAACGUCACUGAGAUUUUCAAACCAGCUGUGCACGUAGGGGCAAAACAAGAGCUUAAACAAUAUCAAAGGCUGCAGAAAAAUGACGGAGUGCGUGCACUGGAUCGUAUACAGUGGGACAACAUGAACGGCCAGUCCAGUCAGGAAGGGUUAAUGCGCCUGAGUUCCGAUGGAGAAAUAGCGGUGCCACGCGACGGAAUUUACUUCGUUUUCUCUCAGGUUAAUUUCGAAACACAAUUAGGACCGAUUGUGCACUUUACGCAGUACUUAUACAAGACGACAGCAUCCUAUCCACGACCAGUGAUGCUCGCAAAAUCUGUAAUGACUCCCUGCGUGAGCGUAAACUCUACUGUACAGCUUUAUUCCAGCCAUCAGGGGGCGCUGUUCCGCUUAGAAAAGGGCGAUAGGCUCUCCUUGUACGUGCUGAAUAUAAGCGCCGUUCGCUUCCCACAGGAAGCUACUUACUUUGGGGCAUUCAUGAUUAACUAAGCAAAACAGCAGCAAGUUGUUUCGUUGAAUUCUUACAGAGAUGUUAUGUUUGUCAUUUUUGUUUCCAGAUAGAUAUUAAAACAAUGUACUGAGAUUAUAAAUAAAACAUUUUAUCCACA